AACCGUCUUCGCCCUCAAUCUCCCACCUGUUAUUGCAGCUGCAUCUUUUUUUUGCGACGACCUGACUCUGUGCUUUUGACGGAUUCCUUUGAGAUACCCAUCCUGCGUACAAUGCAAUUGUUGUUGUGACGAUUGUUACAGCUUUAGCGUGCAUUCUUGAGCAAUUGCGCUCCCUCGGUCCUAUCAUCACCACAUCACAGCAUUUUCACAUUCCUCAGCAUGCCUAGCUACAGCGAUCGCGAGUCCAUCGACUCUGGUCGCCAGUCAGUGCCCAUGUGGGACAGCUCAGACCCAGACAGAGCCCCUCCGCCAUUGCCUAUUCCACCUGGCUCGCCUGGCCUGGCCACACGUUCCAAUGCUUCGGCUAACAUCCAGGCCACGGCCCAGAGGUUGACUGAACGCGCUCGUGAAAACAUGCCCGCCAGCGCCUACACAACUAACCCAGUCCCUGCUACCUCACCUGACAAGUCGCUAAUCAAGGGUGCUCACCACCGUCGCCUGCAAUCACUCCAGACAGGCAGUGUCAGCGACUUGCGUACCUACAUUGAUGGUAUGCGCAACACUUCCCCCGAGAGACCUACUUCAAGAUCCACCGCGACUCCCCAAACCUCACCCAACCGCGGUGCCAGAGGCGACUACUUCUCAAGUCCUCCUCAAGACCACACUCCCACACCCGCCGACAGAAAUGCCCUCCGAGAUGCCCCCAAUCUCCGUCCUGCCUCUCGUCCCAGAGCCAUCCUCGGCGAGAACACUCCCCCAUCAGCCACCAUGCUCGCUCUGCAGACCAUGGCCGCUCGCGAUCCCGACUCAUCUCAUCACGACGCUACGGCCUCUUCUUCAUCCCGCGAACCCAAGACACUGAACGAGAUGAUGGCCCAACUUACGAAUAUUACGAACAUUACAUCAGGCAUGCAAAAGGAGAUGGCUCAGCUCAACCGCCGCAGCAAGGACAACGCCGCUGAUUUGAUCGGCUUGAAGCAGGCUGCCGACAGCCGCGACGAGGAGAUUCGCAGAAACCUGCGCGACCUUCUCUCCAACGUGAGCGCUUCUGAGGCUGGCUCCGUCUUUGGUGGUAGAUCCUCAGCCUUCGGUCUGGGUCUGCUCGAGAACAAAGGCUUGACCUCACCUACUGCUGGAGCCAGACCUUUCGGCUCACUUCCUCGCUCCAACAGCCACGGCAGUUUCCUCGACCCUGGUAGCCCCAACCCCUUCUCCAUGGACGGUGCUGCCAGUGUUGCCAUGCUGGAGAAGAUCAUUCGCGAGAUGGUCACCAAGGAUGGACAAGACCGUCUUCUAUCUACCUUGUCAGAACUGCUCGAAAAGCAUAGCCGGGAUAACGUUCAGGCUCACGAGACCGCUCAGAAGGUGGCCGAUCUCUCUGAGUUUAUCAAGGAGAAGUCGGGUAGUCACGCUCUUGUCCGUCACGACUCGGACGCCCAAGACGAUGAGCAAAAGUCCAAGGCUAUCGAUGCCAUGAGCGCCGACAUCCUGAGACUCCUCCACAAGAUCAAGGACAGCACCUCUCAGAGCGGUGGCCUGAGCAAUGAGAUCAAGGCACUUCUGCAGAACCUCCGUGGCGAAGUUCUAGGCAUGGGUCGGGAGCUCGGUCGCCAGCUCGACCAGGCCAACUCUACCAACAGAGUUGCCGAAGAUGGCUCGCAGAUCAAGACCGAUGUUGAGGAGAUUGUCAACCAAGGUCUUUCUCAACUCAAGGAGCACAUGGAGCACAUCAUCCAACAAAAUUCACAACAACUCAUCAUGUCCAACCACCAAGACGAGACCAAGAACAAGGACAUGUACGACAUUGUCAAGAGUGCCAUUACAGAGCAUAGUUCCGCUCUUGUCCAAGCUCAGCCUCAAUCAGAAGGUCUUGAUAGGGCAAGCAUUCUCGAAGCCGUCAAGGAUGCUAUCGAAGAGUUCAGACCUGAGAUUGAGCUUCAACAAUUCGGUCUUGAACGUGAUGAGAUCCUCUCCGUUUUGAAGGAAGGUCUGCACGACUACCAAUCGAACAAGGAGCCCUCUGCAGCCCCCGGUGCCAACAUCGAGGAAGUCGAGUCUGCUAUGCAACGCGCGCUCCAAGAGUUCAACCCUCCUCGACCUGUUGACGAGAUGGCUUCUUUCAAGGAGGACUUGCUUGCUUCCAUUCGCCAAUCCAUUGAGGAGCUCAAGUCUGCUGGUCCAGACGAUGCUGCUACUCAUGCCAUUGUCCUCGGAGCAGUCAAGGAAGGUCUUGAGAAUCAUGGUCCUCAUGCUCCUCGCGAGUUUGAGAUUAGCAAGGAUGAUCUCUUUGACGCUGUCAAGGCCAGUCUUGACGGAUCGACCCUUCCGUUCGGCAGCUUCGGUGAGCAAGUAUUGAACCAACUGCGCGACCUCAUAGAAGAGAUGAAGGGCGAGUUCAAACAGUACUCUGCUGCCAACGGUCAUGACACUGAGCAAGUUCUCGACGCUCUUAAGGAUGGUCUCGAGUCAUUGCGCCAUGAAGUGGAGUCGUAUGUUGACCGCGCUCAGGAUGUCACAGGCAAGGACGAGAUUGUCGAUGUUGUCAGAAAUGGUCUCGAACAGCUUCGUGGUGAUGUCCAAGGCUACUGCGCCGAAGGUCCUGCCAAUGGUCGUAACGAGAUGAUCGAUUACAUCAAGGCUGAGUUCGAACAUCUUCACGAGGCUGUCAGCGGUCUCAACUCUCGUGAAGGUGAGGAAGGUCGUCCUUCAAGCACUUCCGAGAUCCUUGUAGCUCUUGAAGCUGGAUUCCUGGAACUCAAGAACCAGACUUCUAGCCGCGGCCUACUUGAUGAGACGAACGAGGAAGUUUUGGAAGCCAUGAAGGCUGAAUUUGAAGCUCUUCGUGAUGCCGUCAUCGCUGGUUCCAACACUCACAAGGCCGAAGUCAUCGAAUCUAUCCAAGAGAGUCUGGACGCUCUACACGACAAGGUCGGCACCCGUGAAGACGGUUCGUCUGACAACGACCUCCUGCUGUCUAUGAAGGAUGAGCUAGCUCACCUGCGCGAGACACUUGCUGCCACUCUCCUAAAGUCCGGUGCUGCCGCUGAGAGAGACGAGAUGAUUGAGACAAUUCGUGAGGCUGUCGACACCAUCCGCAUGCAGAUCAGCUCUGAGCAAGGCGAGGCCAAUGCUGAGACGCUGGCCGCUCUCAAGGAGCAACUGGAGAACUUCCGCGAAUCCACCACCAAGGGCCUUGUUCUCAGCAACGGCGACAACGAUGAAGAGACACCACAUGCACCUCUCGAUGAGAUAAGAACUCGUCUCGAUGAGAUUGCCGCUGCCAACUCUGGCUCGAGUGUCAACACAGCUCUUUUGGAGGCCAUUCAAGGCGAGUUCCAGCAGAUCCGUCACUCUCUGGGCUCUAGUGGUUCUCGCGCCGAUACCGAAGAGGUUCUUGAUGCUGUCAGACUUGGUCUAGAUGAUCUUCAGUCCUCUCUCGAGAAGAAGAUCGACAACCCUGAGGUGCACAGAAAUCUCAACAACGAGCUCAUGGACGUUCUCAACGAAGGUCUCGACAACAUGCGUUCCGACGUCUCUAAGAUUAUGGACAAGCCUGUCGAUAUGACUGUCAACUACGAGAUUCUUGAGACACUCAAGGAGGGUGUCGCUAGCCUCCGUGCUGACAUGGAGAAGCUCACAGGCGGUGACCGUCCUUCCACAGCUCUGGGUAGUGAGCUCAUUCUCGCCGACGCACCUGGUGAAGAAGGUUCAAGAGAGCUGAGCGAAGAUGACAAGGCUGCUCCUAUCAGUCUCAAGGACAGAAUGGAAGCUCUGUUCGCUCAACUCCACAUCAAGGUUGAAGGCUUGGCUGCCAGCAUUGGUGAUAUGCCCUCUGCAUCAUCAGCUCCUGCCGAAGGUACUGCCUUGAAGGAGGAUCUCUUUGGCAUGGAAGAGACUCUCCAACACAUCCAAGACACUCUCGCCGUGAUGGCUGAGAAGGAGCAAGCAGAAGUCGACAACGCUGUCACCAAGGAAGACACCGAUGCCAUUGAGACUUUGCUGCGCAACACCAAGGCACAGCUCGAGGAGCUUCCUGCCACUACCGCCAGCAGAGAACAGUUAGAUGAUGUCGAAGCCGCUGUUCGUAGCGCCAAGGAGGUCAUUGAUGGUCUUGCUACCAAGGAGGAUGUUGCCGUUGUCGAAGUUCUCCUCAAGGACCUCGCCACUGCCUUCGAGGACUCCAAGUCCAAGGCACCUGAGGAAGACGAAGAAGAGUCAGCUUCUCACUUGGACAAGGCAGACUUGGAUGCACUCGGCAUGCUCUGCACUGAGAUCAAGGAGAAGAUCUCGGAACUCAACCUACCUGAUCCCGAGGCACUUCCUUCCAAGGCUGAUGUUGAGCAAAUCACUGGUCUCAUUAAUGACUUCCGCGAGAGUCAUGACAAGGUCAGAGAAGGUUACGAGAACGACAUUGCCAUUACUGCCAAGGCUUUCGACGACCGCAGAAAGGAGGCUGAAGAGAUGGCUGAGGCUAUCUCUGGUGUCAAGACUUUCUUGGAGGAAGUCAAGGCUGACAUUCUUGCCAAGGUCGAGGAAGGUACACCCGGCAUGACCGACAUCGAGGAGGCCAUCAAGUCGAUCGAUGACAAGGUGGCCGGUGACGAAGGCAUCGCAGCUGACAUCAAGGAACUCUUGGAGACUGUCAAGAACGAGUUUGAACGUUCGCACGAAUCUCUGGGUGGCAUCAAGAUCGACCAUGAGCAGAACAGCUCGACCUUGCUCGAGAAGCACGCCGAGCACAAGGAUGCUAUUGUCGCCGCUGUCACUGAGAAGGUUGACUCUUGCUUCGAUGGUCUUAUGAGCAAGUAUGACGACGCUCAAGCCGCUGCCCAUGAGAAGGCCAAGUCUAUGGAGGACCAAGUCGAGCAACAGAAGGAGAUGCUGACCAGCACCAAGGAGAUGACAGAUGAGCUGAAGCUUUCCAUCGACACUCUGGGCACUUCCCUCACUGCAUUCAUCCCUUCAUUCAACGAGGCUACCGAAAAGAUCUCCGAAGACUCCAAGACUGUCUUUGAGAAGGUUGAAGGAGCCAUGCUCAAGAUGGAUGAGCAUAACGAUGGCCUGAAGACCGAGCACCAGACCACUCGUGACGAAGUCGUCAAGGUUGCCGAAGCUAUUACUCUCCUCCAAGGAGACUUUAGCGAGUACAACCCUCAAUUCUCCAUGUCGCUCAAGGAGCUUCAUGCUCUCAUCAGCGCUCACUACGAGCACUCGCAACAGCUUGCUACCACUGCUGAGGAGCAGGCCAAGACUGUGCACGAGACCAUCCGUGCCGCCACCGAGGAGUCCAAGACUCACGUUGAGACUCUCUUCGCUGACAACCUGAAGAACCACCUCUCUGAGAACCUCAGUGCCCAGACAGAGGAACUUAAGGGAGCCCUCCCUGCCCUGCUGCCGGCACCUGUUGAGCCUGUCGAGAAGUAUGACGACACCGCUGUUCACGAGAAGCUUGACAAGCUCGUCAGCGAUACUGCAGUUCAUGAGAAGCUCGACACUCUUGUCAACCUUGCAGGCGAAGCCGGUGCAGCCACAGCUCAGAUGGAACGUCUUGAUGAGAUUCACGCUCAAGUCAAGGCUACCGCUGCCGAGGUCUCCGCAUUCGUCGCCAUCCAACAGAAGCAGAUCACCGAAGGCCAAGAGAGCAAGGAGCUCGAGGCACAGGAAGUUGCUCUGCUUCUCGAGCGCCGCCAGGUUCAGAAGGACAACAUCGAGUCCGAAAUCUCUUCCCUCAACGAGGAGAAGGAGAGCCUUCAGGCCAUUGUCGAGGCUCUUCGUGCUGAGAAGGACGCUUUGGCUGCGCAGAAGGCACGUCUCAAUGGCGAUGUCGCUUCUCUUCACACUGCCUUGGAGAUCAGACGUGAGGAGUUGCACAACAUGGACGAGAAGGCUGACGCACUGGAACGUCGCAUUCUUGAGGGCUUGAUCGAUCACUCUCGUGCCAUGCUUCUCACGCAGAAGACACCCAAGACCUCUCCUAAGAAGAAGCCCAUGCGCGAUCUCCGUCUGCCCAGUGAUGCUUCAACUACACACCUUCCGGCUCCCACUACUCCCAGUCUUCUCCAGAGUCAUGCUUUGGCUAUGAAGACUCGUGGUAUGCCCAAGAAGACUGGCACUACCCCCAACACUGGUGAACGUCGCAUCAUGUCUCUUAGUCAGAUCAGUGGUAACCUCCCGACUGGCGGCGCCGCUACAUAUUCUGCCGCAGCACCCAGCUUGGUCUCUGCACAAGGCUCGAUCAACCGCAGUCAGUCUCUCAAGCAUAACAAGCUUCGCAAGAUCUCUUGGGGUACCGCUCGUGCUGCAGCCGACAAGGAGAACGACAUUGAAGAGGUGACUGAGAUUGAGAGCAACUAUGGUGGUUCUCGACCUGUGAGCAGAGACUCCGAAUACCGUCCUCAGAGCCGUGACUACGACUCUCGUCCCGUUAGCCGCGACAGUCUCGACUCUUCAUACUACAACAGCAGCAGACGCAGUGUUAGCUACGCUGGUAGCCAGAGUACCUGGACCGAGUCCAACUCUGGCAUGACUGAUGAUGGUCGCCGUACCAGCUUGGGCACGCUCGGCACCUACGACACUGGUAGUUACAUGACUGGCAGUGAUCUCGACCGUCGUACCAGCUUCGGCAGCACCAUCCGCAGCACAAUGGACCACAUCCACGAAGAAGACGAUGAUAGCGACUUUGAAAGCGAGCGUCACGUCGAGCCUGAAACUCCUGCCAUGCCUGUUGAGGCUGAGGCCGCUGUUGCUGGCAAGGAUGUCGUCCCCUAUGCUCCUCCCAGCGACUCUGGUAUCGGCUCCGACCUUCCCACCGCCGCUCUCCAAGGCAAUGGUGACUACUUCGCCGGCGCUAUGAUCCCUGCCACUGUGAACGAAGACCAGGCUGCUUGAUUUGUUCCAGCCAGCAAAACUACUGCAUAAUGUGCAUUUUUCCCUUUUCUUUUCUUUGGUUUCUCUUACUCUUUAUUUUCUGAAGGCAAAGCAUGCGUUUUUAAUGAAUGGGAUUGACGAGGUGGAUAAAAAUGGGCGCAUUGGUUGUUUCUUUGUUUUCUUUUCUUUGUUCUGCUUCUGAAGGAUACCUGGCCCUCCGAGGCAUAAGUUUUGUUGUUUUCUUGGGACCGCAGACCAGGUGUUUUCAUGUUACGAUUAGACGAU